UUGCAACAGCAUUAGUCUAUAUGACAGCCGAUCCCAUCUCCCUAUGUUUUUGGAUUUGUCUACAGCCCGAACGCUAUGUACCUGGUUCGCCCAUCUUUCGCGAUAGCAGUCCCACUCCCAAUGCCACGCCCACAGCACCUAUAACAGUUCCGCCCACGACAGCAGCAACAACGACGACGACGACGACGGGCGUUUCUCCAACUUCGCGGAGUCGUGGUCAAGCUAUGACAAUUUCCGUUUCACAUGCAGCACACGGCAAUGCAACGGCUACCAGCAACAACAAGAGCAACACCUCCUCCGCCGCCAAGCAGCUGCCCACCUGCUACAUGAGCACUCGCUCCGCAGCGAUGAUGGCACUCGCCCUGGGCCAGCAGACAAGAGACGAGAAGCAAAGCACAGCAAAGCCAGCCUCGCCACGCACUCACAAUAGAAACGUUUCAACUGCGCCAACUCCUGUUCGUCCCACGUCUACGCCCACAGCUACAGCUAGCACUUCCAAGUCAACCACGCCCACAGCCACAGCCACAACAACUACGUCCAGCACUUCGAAGCCAACCACGCCCACGACGGCAGCACGUGCAGCUGCCCAGCUCAACGGCAUGGGCAUUCUCUCCGGUGGCAGCAACUCGAGUGGCUCCAGCGACAACGAUGGCUUCAGCACCUCCGGCUCCUCGACGGCAACGGCGCUGCGUCGUCUGUACUUCAAGAGCGGGCGCAGCAUUAAGAACAAGAUCAACUCAUCCACCACCGCCGCCCCGCUCAACAGCCUGCCCAUGAAUCCCGUGUCCAGUGCCUAUCACAACUCGGUGAGCGGUGCCACAGCUAUGCAUUCCAUGGGCGUGGGCGGAGUGCCCAAGCUGGUGGUGAUGGGAGCCUCGUCGGCAUCCAUUCCGGACACGAACAUCAACACGUCCACGGACUCGGCCUGCACGCUCAUCACGAAUGUGACGCACACGGACACCUCGGAGACCUGCGAUUCGCUCGAUCUGGGCGACAACUCGGGGCCCAGCGAGCCGCUCUUCAGUUCGCUGGAGGAGCCUCUGCUGACGGCUAUCCAAAUCGAUUCGGAGCACGAGACAAGUGGCGGUGGCGGUGGCAUGGGCAUGGGCAUGGCCACUGAGAUGGAAUUAACGAGCUGCUCGCGUUAUCCCCCACGCCACGACAUGAAUCUGCAGGAUAGCACCGAGAGCCAGGAGUCGUGUUUGUCCAUAUUGACGGGAGAACCGUCAUCCACAACGCCGCUGCUGUCGUCACGGCAGCCCAGCACGGCGCCACCGCCGACACGAGGACGUGAGCACUUCACCUUCGAUCCGCCGCAGUCACCGAAAUCCGCACGUAGCAGCGAGAAGGCGCGCAGUCACUUCACCUUCAAGGAGGACGCACAGCAGGCGCCCGGCCGUCGGGCGAGCAGCGCCCAUUACAAUGGCGACACAGCUGCUGGCGAGGCGGAUUCCAAAGCGGAACUGGAGCCACUCGAGAGGAGUCUGCCUGGCAAUCGCAGCAAGAAGUUGCGCUCAAGGGAACGCGAUGCCAUGAAUGGCACACGCAAUCGCAUCUCGCCCAGCGUCUCGCCCUCGUCCAGCAGUCGCACCAGUCCCAAGCGAGAACGCAAGCGAACCACUCCCUCUGUGUCCACGGGCGCCAUAGCCAAGAUCAACUCGGCGCCGCCUACGAUGAAAGAGGGCAACUUCUUUGGCAGCUGUCAGAAGCAACGUCAAUCCCAACAGCAGCAGCAGCAACAGCAGCUCUCUCCCUCUGCCUCGUCCUGCGCACAGCAGCGAAAGUAUUCCUCCAGCUCGUCGAGUGGCAGCAGCGAGCGUUGUCUCCGCGAUGCAGCUGCCGGCGGCACCAUGUUUCCCUUUGAUCGCGAGGCGCUCGACUACGAGCGCAUACAGCGGGAAUGCUUUGCACCCAGCUCGGCCACGGCCAGCACCAGCAGCGACUCCGAUGAGGCGGAGCAUUGCUCGGUCUACGAGCGAAAGCUGAGCACCGACAUCUUUCAGCAGUACUCUCGCCUGUCGCAGCAGGAACAGCAGCAGCAUCACGAUCGGGAUCGAGAUCGGGAUCGCGAUAGAGAGCGGCCGCCUUCGCGCAAGAAUUCGAAGCGCAUUCGUCCCGAUUCGGUGAUACACACGACCAUACGGGAGAAUCAACAGUAUGUGCCGCAAUCGGACGCGUUUUAUCCGCAAGCCAAGUCUUCCUCCUCGCCCAGCGAUCACUCCUACGCCGAGCUCAACAAAUUCGAGGAUAUCGCCAGCAAAUUCGAGCAGAUUCCGCCCAAGCAUGGCUCCAACUCCACCCUCAAUCUGCAUCUGCUGCACAUGCAUAGUCCAGGCAGUGAGUCCCUUGCAUCCGCCUCGCUGAGUCCCACUGAUGCCACACGCAAGCGAUCCUUCAAGAGCAAAGCCAAGUCCAAGACGCAGCAGCAGCAGAAACAGCAGUUGGAGCUGGAGGAGGCAACGGGUGGCGGUGGAAACAGCUCCAUCAAUGUGACGGCGAAUCCCUUGGAAGCAGCCGCCGUCUGCAAGCAGCCACGUGCCACCAUCGUGGUCCAACAACCCUCACUCAGCAUGGACAACACGGUUGAGACGCUGCUCAUCAAAAAUGAAGGCGAUUUCAUCAGCGUGGAGCAGGGCAAGGAGUUGAACGCACGAAAGCGACACUCACAGCAGCUGGCACAUCCGCCGCAUGCCGCUCAGCUGCUGCAUCAUCACCAUCAUCAUCACCAGGUGCAGGGACAUGGCUACUCGCCGCAACAGCAACAACAGCAGCAGCAGCAGCAACAGUCACACAACAAGAGGGACGAGAACAUGCGACAGCUGUUGGAUGUAACAAAUACCCUUACCAUUGAGGAGCUGCGUGACUUUGAAAUGCGCUAUGGCUCACCACACCACAGUCGCUCGCAGUCGGUGAAAAUGCCCGGCAGCCGUGCCUCGGGACGCCCCAAUCAACUGUGUCUGCCCCAGCAACGAUCUCGAGUGGCUUCAAUGCCCAACACUGGCGUCGAGGAGGAAUACUACAGACUGCGACACUUUUCCAUUACGGGCAAAGGCGUUGUCAAUCGUGGAGAUUCGCUAAAGAGUCGACGCAGUCGCUCCAACAACAGCGUUGCCAGCUCCAACUCCAGCACCGAGCACUUGACAGCCCAGCAACAGCAGCAGCAGCAGCAACAACAACAUGGACAACAGCAGCUGCCAGCGCCAAGUUCGGCCUCGGCACGCACAUCACUGGCAUCGAGUCGAGAGAGCAGUACAUCAAAUCCAGGCAAUGGUCCCUACAGAGUUUUGAUGCUUGGCGGUCCGGCAGUGGGCAAAAGUUCGCUGGUCUCGCAGUUCAUGACCUCAGAGUAUUUGCAUGCAUAUGACACGAGCAUUGAUCUAGGCAACUGUGAUAUCCGCAUACAUAUUGAAAAAGCCGCCGACGAUGACGAAUCGGGCGAAAAAGCCGUAUCAGUAUUACUCAGUGGCGAAGAAUCCGAGUUGAUUUUCAUAGAUCAUGGAUACACCGAAAUGACGCCGAAUGAAUGCUUGACCAACUAUGAUCCACAUGGUUACUGCGUCAUCUACUCUGCCGCGGACCGCAGCAGCUUUAGCAUUGCCGAGCAGGUGCUUCAGGUGUUAUGGACCAAUCAGAAUAUCGCACAGAAAGCCGUGAUACUGGUGUCAAACAAAGCGGACCUGGCCAGGAGUCGACUCGUUACAUCCGAAGAGGGCAAGGCCAUGGCCACAGCGUAUGAUUGCAAAUUCAUUGAGACGUCGGUGGGCAUCAAUCACAAUGUGGAUGAGCUGCUCGUCGGUCUGUUGUCCCAGAUACGCCUCAAGCUCGAGAAUCCCGAAAAGUCGAGGGAUCUGUUUCGCAAGCGUUCCAUUCGCAAGUCAAAGCGUCGAGCAUGCUCACCGCUCAGCGCCGGCUGCCUCAAUGCCAACACUCCGCUGGGUCCGCUUGGAGCAGCGCUGGGAGAUUCAGCUGGUACGCCGCCGGGCAGUGCACACAGCAGUCCACGUAAAUAUCGCGGCUCGCGUACCUCGACCAGCCUGAAGGUCAAGGGGCUGCUUGGACGUGUCUGGACGCGCGAUUCCAAAUCGAAGAGUUGCGAGAAUCUGCACGUGCUCUAAAGGAGCCGCCAACAAACACUCGCACACAACGACUGAGCAUGGGCAGAAAUUGACGGGGGGCCAUUUGGGGAUGGGAAAUGGGUUCGGGGGAGGGUUCAAAUGGAGGGACAUUUUCAGUUUUUUACCCAUUUAAAUUUUUGGUUACCCCAAAAUUCGGUGCAUACAAAAUCCCAAGGAUUAUUUACAUAGACGAUAAUAAUGAAAAGCUCCCAAAAAAGAAAACAAAAUCGAUACGCCUAAGUUUUGAAACGUACAAGCUACAAAAUAGACUCAUAACUCAUAGCUGUAUUACGAAUACUGUAUUGUAUAUAUAUGUACGUAUCAUUUAUUUUUACCUAUAAUCUAGUACUUUAAUUAUAUAUUAUUUGUAUAAACCGAAACUCUAUAUUUUGUACAUAUUCAAAUCAAU